UAAGGCUUGUUUCAGCUGCAACGCAGGUGUCUAUAUUGGAAGUCAGCGUCCUGCAGCCAUUCGAGUUGUGUAGCUACUGCAGUUCAAACAGGCUGCGCAGAUUAAUACAGCGGAGCGGCUUGGUGGUGUAUACCCGACAAGAAGAUUUGUGGAGGAGCCUGACAGAGGACGCACGAGCCGGCCAUGCUGUUCAGAGCGGCGACCACGCUGCGGCUGCUAGUCAGGGCAGCGCGCCACGCCCACCACAGCGCCACACCAGCACAGGCGACCACGCCCCCGCUGGAGCCACGCGGCAAGGCGGCGCUGGUUACAGGCGGUGCAGCCGGCCUGGGUGCUGCCGUCUCCAAGGCGCUGGUCUCGGCAGGGGCCAAGGUGGCGGUGGUGGACGUGGAUGCUGCUGCAGCUAGCCGCCUCGUGCAGGGGCUGAGGGCCGCAGCAGGCGACGGGAGCGCCAUCUUCCUGCACGCUGACGUCACAGACUUCGCGCGCCUCCAGGACGCAUUUGAGAUGGCGAAGAGGACUUUCAAUGGAUUGGACAUCGUCAUAAAUAACGCCGGUGUCGGAAAUGAUGUCGAGUGGCAACGAGAGAUCGAUAUUAAUUUGAAGGGCGUGGUGGGCGGCACGCUGCUGGGUCUGCGGCUGGCCACCAGGGGCGCGCGUGUGCUCAACGUGGCGUCGGUGGCCGCGCUGGGCGCCUUCAGCUGCGCCCCCGUCUACACCGCCACCAAGCACGCCGUCGUCGCGCUCACCCGCUGCUACGGGGCAGCAGAGCACACGGAGAAGACAGGUGUGUCGGUGGUGGCGGUGUGCCCCGGGCCCUGUGAUACGACGCUGCUGAAGAACGUGGGCAGGCACUUGCCCGAGGCUUGGCAGGCGGAGCAGUUCUACUCCCUGGUCCAGCAGUUCGGAGUCUCCAGCCCUGAGCAGAUGGCGGAGGGUGUGAUGCACGUUCUGCGAGACGCCACCUCCGGCUCGGUGUGGGUUUGCCACGAGGGCCGAGCCUCGCCCGUGGAGUUCCCAGAGCUCCUCUAGAGGGGCUCUCUGCCCUCUGCUCUCCAGGAGGCUUCGUGAAUGAGCUAUAUAAGACUUGCUGUCAUACCACGCUUCGUUGCACAACCGGCAGAACAUGGAGAGAGGCUUUUGUCUGCCGUACUAAACACCUACAAAGCCCUGAUCCGACUUCUCCACUCCUAGCCGGUUUCGCUGGAGUGUUUCGCUCCCUCCUAAUUCUCUAAUACCACAAACUCGCUUCACCUUCCGUAGGCAUGUACUUAUCAGCUUAGUAGCUCGUUUCCCUCUCCACUUGCACACUAACCACUUUUGAAUUCCCUACACUUGACAGAAACUCGACACCAACUACCUAAUCGUUUCUUCCCUGCACGCCGCGCUCGUAGCAGCACAUCCCCAGAAACUUACGCAUACACCCUCACCAUAUUCUAUGACAACGACACUACAUCUACAUCUACAUCUACAUCCAUACUCCGCAAGCCACCUGACGGUGUGUGGCGGAGGGUACUUUGAGUACCUCUAUCGGUUCUCCCUUCUAUUCCAGUCUCGUAUUGUUCGUGGAAAGAAAG